CUUUGAGAUACCCCGACCACUGCACAUCAGCAACACAGGUCUUGCAUCCGCGCGUACUUUGACCACUUCACUUCUAGACAGUCCCAUCUAAUCAAACACUCCCACCACAAGCGCACACCACACACAUCGCCCAGCAUGUCGUCCGAGACAUUCGAGUUCCAGGCGGAGAUCUCGCAGCUUCUGUCCUUGAUCAUCAACACCGUCUACAGCAACAAGGAGAUCUUCUUGCGAGAAAUCAUCUCCAACUCCUCCGAUGCACUAGACAAGAUCCGCUAUGAAGCUCUAUCAGAUCCCAGCAAGCUCGACUCCGGCAAGGACCUGCGCAUCGACCUCAUCCCCAACAAGGAGGCCAAGACCCUCACCAUCCGCGACACUGGUAUCGGUAUGACCAAGGCCGACCUUGUCAACAACCUCGGAACCAUCGCCCGCUCUGGCACCAAGCAGUUCAUGGAGGCCCUCUCCGCUGGCGCUGAUGUUUCCAUGAUUGGUCAAUUCGGUGUCGGUUUCUACUCCGCAUACCUUGUCGCAGACCGCGUGACCGUCGUCUCAAAGCACAACGAUGACGAGCAGUACAUCUGGGAGUCUUCCGCUGGUGGCACUUUCUCCAUCUCCCAAGACACCGACGGCGAGCCACUCGGCCGUGGCACCAAGAUCAUUCUCCACCUCAAGGAUGAGCAGACUGACUACCUGAACGAGAGCAAGAUCAAGGAAGUUGUGAAGAAGCACUCCGAAUUCAUCUCCUACCCAAUCUACCUCCACGUGCUCAAGGAGACCGAGAAGGAGGUGCCUGAUGAGGAGGCCGAGGAGACCAAGGAAGAGGACGCCGACAACAAGCCAAAGGUCGAGGAAGUUGACGACGAGGAAGAGGAGAAGAAGGAGAAGAAGACCAAGAAGAUCAAGGAGUCCAAGAUUGAGGAGGAAGAGCUCAACAAGACCAAGCCCAUCUGGACUCGUAACCCACAAGACAUUUCGCAAGAAGAAUACGGCGCCUUCUACAAGUCGCUCAGCAAUGACUGGGAAGAUCACCUCGCAGUCAAGCACUUCUCCGUUGAGGGUCAGCUCGAAUUCCGCGCCAUCCUCUUCGUUCCAAAGCGCGCACCAUUCGACCUCUUCGAGACGAAGAAGACUAAGAACAAUAUCAAGCUCUACGUACGCCGUGUCUUCAUCACUGAUGAUGCCACCGAUCUCGUCCCAGAGUGGCUCUCCUUCGUCAAGGGUGUCGUCGACUCUGAGGAUCUCCCACUCAACCUGUCCCGUGAGACUCUCCAACAAAACAAGAUCAUGAAGGUCAUCAAGAAGAACAUUGUCAAGAAGACUCUCGAGCUCUUCCAGGAGAUUGCCGAAGACAAGGAGCAGUUCGACAAGUUCUACAGUGCUUUCAGCAAGAACAUCAAGCUCGGUAUCCACGAGGACACCCAGAACCGCCAGGCUCUUGCCAAGCUCCUCCGCUACAACUCCACCAAGUCCACCGAGGAGACUACCUCCCUCGCCGACUACGUCACCCGCAUGCCAGAGCACCAGAAGCAGAUGUACUACAUCACCGGCGAGUCCAUCAAGGCUGUUGAGAAAUCGCCAUUCCUUGACGCCCUCAAGGCCAAGAACUUUGAGGUCCUCUUCCUCGUUGAUCCAAUUGACGAGUACGCCUUCACCCAGCUCAAGGAGUAUGACGGCAAGAAGCUUGUCGACAUCACUAAGGACUUCGAGCUUGAGGAGACUGAGGAAGAGAAGAAGCAGCGCGAGACGGAGGAGAAGGAGUAUGAGGCUCUCGCCAAGUCGCUCAAGAACGUUCUUGGUGACAAGGUCGAGAAGGUUGUCGUCUCUCACAAGCUUGUCGGCUCGCCUUGUGCUAUCCGUACCGGCCAGUUCGGUUGGUCUGCCAACAUGGAGCGUAUCAUGAAGGCUCAGGCUCUCCGUGACACGUCCAUGUCCAGCUACAUGAGCAGCAAGAAGACCUUCGAGAUCUCGCCCAAGAGCCCGAUCAUCAAGGAGCUCAAGAAGAAGGUUGAGACUGACGGCGAGAACGACAGCACCGUCAAGAGUAUUACCACCCUUCUCUACGAGACCUCGCUGCUGGUCUCUGGCUUCACUAUUGAUGAGCCAGCUAACUACGCCGAGCGCAUUCACAAGCUCGUCUCCCUCGGCCUCAACGUCGACGAGGACGUCGAGACUGCCGAGGAGGCUGCCGCACCAGCUGCUGCACCAGCAGACGGUGCCACUGAGAGCGCGAUGGAGGAGGUCGACUAAUUGCUUCGCUUUAGCAGAGUUGCCUUGUAAUGUGUUUACGGAUGACGCGAUUUUGGCAUAACGGCUAGACAAGAAAGCUACAGGCGUUUCUGAGUCUGGACUAAGAUGCGAAAGAGAAAGCAUCAGCAUGGGGAUUCAUGGGUUUCACGAAAGACUUCUGUGUAACUGUAGUAUUUGACAAUUCUGAAACCAAAGAAAGAAUUCGUUAAACACUG